AUGGCUGGCGACGACGGAAUCCCUCCCGCCGAGCCCGUGCCGGCCACCUCGGCAACCAUCCCGCCGAACCCGGUGGACGAGUCGGCCCCAUUAGUGCCGCCGCCGUCUGGAACCAUCACUACUGAACCAGCCCACCCGCCUCAGCCGCCGUUGCCUGGCGACUCGGCCAUAACCAAGGCUGAGAAGGUCGAGCGCCACGGUUUACCUGAACCAGCAUCCCCGCCUCCGGGAGGUGAGUUCGAGCGCUCCCCAACCAAGCGCGUGAAACUAGACAAAGGUCAAGCGGAAUCCAGUGGCCGUGAUAGACAGAAGGGGGUCGCGCCGAUCAAGCCUGAAUAUCUCAUCGACCCGGCUACUCUGAGACACGGCCGUGCCGUGGCCCAGAAGGAUCCAGACGAUGACGCUGCUGAAGCCUCCAAGCAUGCCGCCCAAGACGGCGAGCAAAAGACGGGGAGGAGGGGAAAAAAGGACAAGGAGAGGGGCCAGAACAAGGCCCGCGAGCAUUUCAAGCAACGCGACACCCUUCCACUCUGCUCUACCGUGGCCUUCAGCAACGAAUUCUCCCCGAAAGAGUGCCAGUUCGGCCCCAAGUGCAAGUACGAGCACGACAUCCGCAAGUAUCUCAAAGAAGGCAAACACGGAGAUCUCUCGACCUUCACCAUAUGCCCAGUCUGGGAUGUGAGGGGCUGGUGCCCCGCUGGCUGGAAAUGUCGGCUGGUGGGUACCCAUUCGGACGAGGUGGCGCGUCCGGAUGGCCGCCAGGAACUUGUCCUCAUCGAAGAUCCCGAGCGGAAGGCUAGGGCUGAUAAGGCAAAGGCCGAGCUGGGCGACGAGCUGGGCCACAUCAACGUCGUUUCCCCGCAAGCGAAGAUCGAGCUGGGCAAGAAGAAGAGGAAGACUCCGAAGGCCGACGCUUACUUGGAGUACCUGAACCAAUUCAACGAGGAAACGAGGAAGAAGGAGCCCGCACCUGCCGGUGACGCCGAGGCCAAAGACGCCAAAGAGGACAACAGAGCACAGUACAAAGAGCCUCCGUUUCUGCCGUCAGAGAAGCGCCGGAUUUACUAUGGCCCGGAAACUCCCGUCCUAGCUCCCCUGACAACCCAGGGCAAUCUCCCGUUUAGGCGUCUGUGUGUCGACCUCGGUGCUCAGGUUACCUGGUCCGAGAUGGCGAUGGGCAUGCCGUUGGUUCAAGGAGCUAAAAGCGAGUGGGCUUUGAUCAAAGCUCAUGAGUCGGAAGCUACGCCACCCAGGUUCCUCGGCAAGAGUGACGUCGUCGCUGGAUAUGACAACAGCAAGGACCUCAAGUUUGGCGCCCAGGUUGCGGGGAACAAGCCGUGGAUUGCGCUCAAGACGGUCGAGGUCCUGACCGCGCUGGCACCCCACCUUCGGGCUAUCGACCUCAACUGCGGCUGUCCGAUUGACCUCGUAUACCGGCAGGGCGCCGGAUCUGCCCUGCUUGACGCGCACGGAAAGCUUGACAAGAUGCUGCGCGGCAUGAACGCCGUCUCCGAGAACAUCCCUAUUACGGUCAAGAUCCGCAUGGGAGUCAAGGACAACGAGCCUACUGCGGAGAAGCUGGUCCAGAGGCUGGUUCUCGGCACCGCGGAAGCCCGCAAAUCUGGAGAAGGUCCUUGCGGCGUGGCUGCCAUCACGCUGCAUGGUCGGAGUCGCCAACAACGCUACACCAGAUCGGCCGAUUGGGGAUACAUCUCAGAGGUGGCGGCGCUGAUUAACCGACUCAAUGGCGAAAGAGCUGCAGUGAUUGACACGGCGUCGGACGUCGAUGCGCGGCACCUGCCUAAUGGCGGCAAAGUGUACUUUGUUGGCAACGGCGACUGUUACUCACACGUCGACUACUACAGGGCCAUAAACGAGCACAAGGUCGAUUCCGUCAUGGUAGCGCGCGGGGCGCUUAUCAAGCCGUGGAUCUUCGAAGAAAUCGAGCAGGACCAGUACCUCGAUAAGCGGUCAUCUGAGCGGUUGGCGUACAUCGAGAAGUUCGUCAAGUACGGGCUGGAGACGUGGGGGUCUGACGAGAUGGGAGUCGGCACGACUCGUCGCUUCCUGAUGGAAUGGCUCAGCUUCACUUGCCGAUACACGCCGAUCGGGCUGCUGGAGCAUCUGCCGCCGAACAUCCAGGACCGGGCGCCAGCCUUCAAGGGCCGCGACGAACUGGAGACGCUGAUGGCGUCGGACAACUACAAGGACUGGAUCAAAAUCAGCGAGAUGUUCCUCGGCAAGGCGCCUGAAACGUUCAAGUUCACGCCGAAACACAAGUCGAAUGCGUACGAGAUGGAAGCGGAGGGCUGA